CUUGCUGAUGUAUCCACAUCAAGGUGAGCCGCAGUGCCCUAUAUGAGUAUCAUCCAUAAGGGCUGUAUAAAGCGCUACUGCUCGCUAGCCACUCCUCGGGAUUGUCGUCUUCAGGGCAGAUUGUACCCACUGGCAUGACAUCGGACUACACCUUGUAUCCGAGUCCUCAGAAAUCGGACUACACCUUGUAUCCGAGUCCUCAGAAGGGCACUCAUCAAGUCCUGACUACCUGGGAUCUCGAGCAUACAGCAACCGAGGUGCCACUUCACGCUGUACUUUUUGCGCGUAACGUGUCUCCAAUCACUGGCCACUCCCCCACUCUCAAUAGCUUUUUGUCGAAUGUGCCCAGUACUAGUGGCCCGGGUGACACCGGAUCCACUUCCUUAGAACGAAGGGCAAGUUCCGCCACAACAAACACUGGACAAUUGUCCUCAUCUAGCCAGGUCACGACAACCAGCACCGUGACCACUCUUGCAAUCUCAACACCACAACCGAGUAGUGCAACAGAACAGCAAGUACUACGCAAACAAACAAUCAUUUCAGGCUUCGUAGCUGGGGUACUAGGCGGGUUGGGAGUCCUCGUUGCCUUCAUUGCCGUUGCAAUAGCUAUUUGGCUGUGCCGACGCAGACGACACCGCUGUCAGCGCCGUGCGGACUACCUUGUAAAUGCACGCACAAGUUGGCGGCCAAUCGUCGACACCUUCGCAGGACACCCCCCUUCAAGUUCGGAAACCACUGUGACGGGGACGACUUCUUCUACCCGUGUGGAUUUCGGCGAAGUCCAAGCCAGCGAAAGUCAAUAUCCGCUGCGUCACCCACGGCGCAGGCCGAAGGACCCCAUGGCCGAGCUCUAUGCGCUAGUUGUGCGCCCUCGCACGUCUCACUACCAAGCUGAGGACGUAGACGCGUCUGUAAGCGCAUCUAGGGAGUGGCUCGGUGCGCACUUUGAUAAGGAAGAGGUUGGGUCGAUCCGACACGUCGCGUCGGAGGACGGAGGGUCGGUGUCAGUAGGCACGGCAGUGUAGGGAUAUGCAGGUUUUCUGGGCUGGACACGCCGAGUGAUUACGAAUAGCUGACAUGGACAUCCCGUAUAUACCAUAUGUAUCACGCCUCACCAUCGUCGACGCGUCUCGAUCUCUGCGCAUGUCCGGCCUGGACUUUGUACGAGCGAGCGCUUACGUAGUAGUAGCGCCACACUGACAGUGACAGGCGUCUAUGGCUGCGCUCAAGCGCUCAACUUGCCCAACCCUCCUCCUCCUCCUCCAUUCACGACGGUCGGG